UUUAUGGCCGCUGCACUGGCUGACGCGCAGGACGAGCUAUCGGCCCGCUUGCAAACCGAGAGAGAGGAAAUCGCGCGCGAGGCGGCGCUGCGCGCUCAGGCGUCUCAGGCGCCACCGCCACCGCGGCUCUCCCCUGGUGUCGCCCCGCUGGGAUCGACAGGCUGGCAGCUGCACCCGUGGCAGAUCCUCGACGGCGCGCCUCCGGAUCCGCCGCCGCCGCCCCCACAGCCACCGCCACAGCCGCCGCCGCCGCCGCCGCAACGCCUGCCGCCUCCGCCACCCUCACCUCCACCGCCACCCCCUUCCCCGCCGCCGCCCACGCCGAGCACCGUCCGCUACAUCGAGCACCGGACUGCGGCGGGCCUCCCCUGGCUCGAGCGGGUGUGGAUCGGCGGCCGCCCCCAGCCUCCUCCCUGGAACGACCCUGGGAGCGUCUCACACGCGGUAGAGCUCUCGGCGGCUCGCACGGACGCCGGCGGCGCGAGCGGUGGCCACGGCGCGCCCAGCGGCGACGGCGCUGCCGCCGUUGGUGGCGCUAGCCUCCUCGCCCUAGGCCUUGGGGUGGCCGCCGCCGCCGCCUUGCUCCUCUCACGCUUGCAGGCGGGCGGCAGGGCGGUGGGGCGGAUGGUGCUGCUUCCGGGUGUGUCCCGGCGGACGUCCGGCGACGCACCUCCCCUCCUGACGCAGCUGAGGCGGCUCUGCGACCGGCUGAGAGGAGGAGGGGUGCCGUCGCGCAGCCUCCGGCGAGGCUCGUCGAGGAGGAGGAGCUUGCCGUGGAGCAGCUGGGCCCGCGAGGCCGACGAGAAGCUCUCCUCUGGCUCGUGGGGGAGCAGGGGCGGCUCCGUGGACGGAGCGCUGCAGGGGGAGGAGACACGCUCGGACAUGUCGGACGACAGUCAGGACCGCUCCGAGCUCGCGCCCGCCGCCUCGACCUUCUCGAGCCGCACGGCGCUGCGCGGCCGCGAGUCGUCUUCCGAAUCGGAGGAGGAGGACGAUGACGCCGCGACUUCCGUCUCUGCGCUCACCUCGCUCUCCACGCUCAAGGGCCGGCUCUCGCACGGGCUGGACGGGCUGCAGCAGGAGGCGCCCACGUGGGUGGCUCCGGGACCGAUCAUGGCGCUGCGUAGCCACUUUUCACCAGCCAAAAGUUACCAAGGAGCAAGGUUGUGUCUCGAAGUGUGGGAGACUGUGAUCUGUGUCAUUCUGACUGAGAGGGGCGGACACGAUUUUCGUGAGGGUUCACGAUAUCCUCGAUCGUUGAUGCUCUCGAACGUCGAUGGUCGAAGGACGAAGCUCCCGUAA